AUGAGAAUACUCUGCAAUCUUAUAAUAUUGGUGUUUUUUUAUUUUCCUAAUAAAAUUAUAAAUUCAUUUAAAAUACAUGGAAAUUUAAAACAUUGUAAUAAAAUAUUAUUGAAUAUUUAUAAGGAGACAAAUGAAUCAAAAACAGAUAUAAUAGAAAAUAACAUCUUAAAGAGUAAGAAAAGAUAUUCAUUUAGCCCGGUUAAAAGAAAUACUAUAGAAGAUAUUAAGAAAAGAAUAAAAUUUAAUGAAAAAAUAGAAAAAGAAAAAAAGAAAAAAUUCUUUAAAAAAAAAGACAUACACAAAUCCUUAAUUGAAGAUAUUAAGAAGGAAAAUAUAAAUGAAGAAAUAAAAUCACUGGGAAGAAUUAAUACAAAUGAUGAUUGGGUUAGUCAAAAUAUUUUGCCUCUACCAGUAGAAAAAUCAGAAGAAACAUAUAACUGUUUAAUAUUAUGCAAGGGGGUUCCUUUUAAUAUAGAUAAUUCUCACAUUAAAAAUUUUUUUAAACCUUAUGAAAUAAUAGAUAAAUAUAUUAUAUACAUUAAAGAUAAAAAAGGAAAUUUUUUUGGAGACGUAUUUGUAAGAUUUUUAAAUAAAGAACAAAAAUACUUAGCCUUAAAAAAUAAAAAUUAUAAAUUUUUAUUGCAUAGAUAUAUACAGCUAUUUAACAUCAAUGAAGAGCAUUAUGAAGAAUAUUUUAAUAUAGGUUAUAAAAAUCCUCCUUCAUAUAAAAAUUACGUUCCUAUAAAAAAUAUAAUUGUUUCUAAUAAUUAUGAUUUUCAUGAGAAGAAUAUUAUUACUUCUUACAAUAACUAUGAUAAAGACGAGGAUACAGAGGAAUUAAGAGAAAAAGUUAAUAAGAAUGGUAUUCUCUUAAAAAAUAUAUAUACUGGUAAGAAGUUAAAAGGAAGAAUCACAUCAGUGCACACUUACGGUGUUUUUAUUGAUUGUGAUGUUUAUAUAAAAAAUAAAAAUAACAAAUUUAUAAAGAUUUUAGCAUUAUUGCAUAAAAAUAAAUUAACUAUAAAUGUUGGUUUACCUUUUGAUCCAUUAUGUGAACAAGAAAAAAAAGAAUUAAUUUUGCAAAAAAAUAUGAACAUAAUUGUGUAUGUUGAUAAAAUUAUUAAAAAAAAUGAAGACUUUAACAGAUCAGAUGAUCCAAACAAAAAUAAUUUAAUUUUUUUUAAUUUAACCUUAGAUUCAUCUAUAACAGAAGAAAAAAUUGAAUGGCUUCAAAAAUUGAAAUUAAAAAGAGGUUAUAUUAACAGAAUAAUUGAUAGCAACAAUAAUGAAUCAAAAACAAAUGCUUCUGCUGAAAAUUAUAGUAAAUUACUUCUAAAUUCUGACAGUUGUAUGGAAAAAUUACAAACAGAAAUACACAAAAUAAAAGAAAAUAAUGAUAAAAAUACAAGUGAAAAUAUGUGCAUAAACGAAAAAGUAUCUGAUGAGAAAAUUAAAAAUGUAAAUGAGCAAGUUUUGAAACCAACUGAAAUAAAUAAUGAAAAGGAAUUCAUGAAUGACAAUUGCAGAUAUGUAGAUUAUGAGGAAGGCUCUAUUUAUGAUCAAAAUUUUAAUAGUAGAACAAAAGAGAAAUUAAUACAAGAAAAAAAUAAAAAAUAUAAAAGAGAUUCUAAAAAUAGAAUAAGCAAAAUUUAUUUGAUGAAUAAUUUAAAUCAUGAAAAUAAUUAUACUGAUAAUAAAUCAAAAAAACAAAAGAAAAAUAACAAACUAAGAAGUUUAAAUAAGGGAAAAAACGAAAUUAAGGAACAAAUAAUUGGUAAGAAAAAAAAAUUUAAAUUAAAUGUAAAAAAAAUAAAAAAAAAAAAAAAAAAUUCAAAUACAAGUUAUGAUGAAUACGAAAAUAUUGAUGAUAUAUUUCCAUUUUAUUUAAUUAAUGAGGAUGAAGAAAAUUCAAAAAAAGGAAAAAAUGAAGAAAAUAAAGAAAGUGAAGGAAAUCAAGAAAGUGAAGAAAAUCAAGAAGAUAUUAACAGAACAAAUACUGAUAAAAAUACAAACGAUAAAGAAGGAUUAAUAAAUAAAGAAAUAAAAAAAAAUUUAACUGAAAAAUAUAAUGAUGAAAUGAACAGCAUUUUAAAGAAUAUUUAUAGCAGUCAUACAGAAAGAAAUAUAUCAGCAAAUCAUAUUGACAGUAGUAGACAAAAAAAAGAAAGAGAAGACAAAAAAAAGAAAAUAUUAAAAGUUUCAAAAAAUGUAAACGAUGAACAUAAAAGUAAUAGUAUUAUGAAUGAAAAUGAAAAUACAAAUAUGGGAUGUUUUGAAAGAAUACACAAUAGAGAAAAAUGGAAAAAUGAUAUUAGAAAAGAAGAAUCAUCAUUUUAUUCAAGAAUAUUUGGAUUUAAUACUGAUAUAAAUGAUUUUUAUUCAAAUGAUAUAAAAGAAAAUAAUAUAAAUGAAAAAUGUAAGAAAUUAAAUAUCAUUGAAGAAAACAUAAAAUUAAAUGAAAAUGAAAUUAAAUAUGAAAAUAUGGAUUACAAAAAUUCAUAUUUAGUGUGUGCAGAAAAUUUAGAAAAUGAAGAAAAAUCAGGAAGAGAAGAAAAAGAAAAAAGAAGUAAAGUAGGAGAAGAAGAAGGAAAAGAAGUAGAAAGAGGAGAAAUGAAGCAUUUGUUGAGUAAUAAGGAGUUGAAUGAAAGUAAAAAUAAUUUAAAUUAUAUUAUAAACUACAAUAAUGAUUCUCUUGAUUUCUCCAAUUUUUCUGAAUUAUCAUUGGAAGAAUUAAAAAAAGAAAUUUACAAAAGGAAUUAUUUGUUACCAAUAGAAAUAUCAAUAGAUAGUUUAAGAAAUCGCCUAAUACAAAUAUAUAUUUGCGAAAAAAACAAUGUUGAUUUUGAUAAUUUUCCAAUUAUUAGAUAUUAUUUAUUUGAUUUCUAUUUAUCAAUUGAAGAUAUUAAAACAUUAAUAUUAUCUAACAGAAAAUUUUUAAAUAAAAAAAGUAUAGAUAAAAAAUUAUUAGACACUUUGAAGAUAAAUGAAUUGAAAUAUUUGUUACAUAAGGCUAUGGAAAAUUUUCGCUUGUGGGAACCUGAUGAUUCCAUUAAAAGAAAAAUUUUAAAUUUUAAUAAAGAUUUAUUAUUAAAACAAAAUUUGCAUAAUGUUGAUAAUAUAAAUAAAAAAAACUUAAUUAUAUUAUGGAAUGAUUUUAAGGAUUUUAUGUUAAACUAUGUUUAUCGCUAUGAUUCUAAAUACGAUUCUUAUGAAAACAUUGGAAAGAAUGAUGAAAAUAACAAAAAUUCUACAACCAAUAUUAUGAAUAAUAGUAACAUAAGUAUGAAUAAAUAUAUAAAGAGAGUAAAAGAAAUGGAUAAAAAAAAUUUUUUCUUCAGUAGUGAAGAAUCUUUUAUCGAAAAUUUAGAAAAUCAAAUGAAUAAGGAGAAACAAAAAGAUUCAUUUAAAAAUUCAUUAAUUGCAUUAAACCAAAAUGAUGAAAACGAAAAUGAAUUACCUGAUAAAAUAAAUUUGAAAGAGGCAAUGAAACUUUUGAAUAAUAGGGCAUUUCAAAAAAAAGCAAAGAGAUCUCUCAACGACGAAUCAAAUGAGAAAGAAAAUAAAGACUAUAUAAAGAAAAUUAUUCAUGUUAUUAUAAAGAACAAGAAAUAUUUUAAAGAAAAUUUAAAUGAAGAAAUUUUAAAAAAAAUUCCCUAUGAAGAACUAAUUUUUAUGUUAGAUAAAUUGCCAGUUGACGCUAUAGAAGAAUUGUUAUAA